CCAUUUCACCUCCUGUUUGGAGACAAACUGUACAGGGCCGCUUGCCCCGGGAAAGCAUAAGGGACGCAGCCCGGGUCUGUGCUCUGCCCCUGCAGGACAGCUCUGCGGAUCCGUCCAGGGGCUCAGCUCCAGCCCGGGCUAGGUGGGCAAACGGCCGUCCGGUACCAGAGCCCUGACAGAUGUUCGCUGACGCCCCCUCACGCCGCUGCGGGACCCGGGAGACCUGCUCGCCUUUGCGCACCCCCGCGGCAGCCUGCAGGCAACUGGGGGCGGGGACGGUGCCCGUCGCCCCCCACUCGCUCGCACCUGCGCGCCACUCCCGACUCGGUGGCCCUGCGGCAUCCACCACCAGGACUCUGUCCCGAACCACCAGGCGAGUUCGGCGGGCAAGGGUUGUCCCCACUCCCCGCGUCCCAGCCGGGUCGGAGGUCGCUGCGCCCCGGAGCUCUCGCCGUGGCGCACGCGCGCGCUUUGCUGCCAACUUCGGUGGGCGAGCCCGCGUCGGGGGGACGCAGUCGGGGGGACGCAGUCGGCGGCGGCCGCUUCCACGAGACGCCACCGCGCGGGAGCCGCUCCCAGUAUCUGGCCUCAGUUUCCCCCGCGGCGUACACGGGUGCGCGCGAGAAGUUCGUUCCUCCUCACAGACUUGUCUGAAGCUGCAGACUCGGCUCGGCAGACGCGGGUGGCCAUGGUGCCCGGACCUGCCCACUAGCUGCCUACCAUGUCUCGAGAGGCAGGAUCAUGCCGUGUGGGCGCAGGGGCCAGAGUGCGGUCACGGAAGCCCAAGAAACCACACUACAUCCCUCGGCCCUGGGGCAAGCCAUACAACUACAAGUGCUUCCAGUGCCCCUUCACCUGCCUGGAGAAGUCACACCUAUACAACCACAUGAAGUAUAGCCUCUGCAAAGACUCCCUCUCUCUGCUGCUGGACUCCCCUGACUGGACAUGCCGCCGUGCACCCGCUUCUCCUAGGCCCCGGGUGCCCACUCCUGACUGCCCCAGGGAUCCUCCAGGCCCUAAUAUACAGCCCCCUGUGCCCAAUCUUGUCACUGACAGCCUCUCCCGGAACCACUGUGGUGGGGGCGCCAACCCUGGGGCUGUGGGGUCACCAGGGCCACUGCCCCCUUUGACCAGGGCCUCCCGGAAGGGUCCAGGCCCCUCUGGGCUCCUGGUAGAGUCAUGGAAGCCAGGGCUGGGUGGUGGCCCAAGGAGCACGGCCCUGGGGGGUGCGGGGGCCAUGGCCUCAGCAGGUUCUGAGGCCAGUGUCCCCUGCUACCCACCUCCUCCUCCAGGUGACUUCCCCGAGUCCCACAGCCUCCACUUGUCUCUGCUGGGUGUCAACUACCCUCUCAGCCCAGGUCUCUUCUCCUACCUGGGGCCCUCACUGGCUGCUGCUGCUCACGUGCCCUUCCUGGCCUCUGCUAGCCCCCUGCUGCCCCCAGCUACUGCCAUGCCAUCCCAGCAGCCCCCCGAGCGCCAGGCCCUGGCCCCCCGCCUAUAUUACCCACUACUGCUGGAACACAGAGUAGGUCUGCCCCCAGGCAGGGCAGCCCAGGCCAAGCCCUCUGUACCCACUAAGGGGCCCCCUGGGACUCUGGCUCCUGAGCUGCUGAAGCUGCCCAUUCCAGGGCUGGCCCGGACCUGGGUCCACAGCACCCCCAAGGACCCAGGGCAGGAGGGAGAUUUGGAGGAAGCUGUCCAGAGUGACCACCACAGAAGGCUACCUCCAGGAAGCAGGCUGGAGCUCCAGAAGGCUUCCUCACACCUGGCAAAAUUCUAUCCCCAGAGCAGCCUGUCGACUGGCUCUUCCCUGAUGCUCUGGCCUGAGGACAAGGAGCUGGGUGACCCUGAGGCCCCAGGCCUAGAGGUCCCCCUCUCCCAGAAGCCACAGGGCCUGGUGCUGGGCAGCCCAGGGCCUGUGGGAAAGGACCUGACCCGGGCUCUGGGCGACUAUGCCAGGGUGGAGCAAUGCCUGGGGCAGCUGGCCCCAGCUGGAGGCCUGGUCCCCCGACCGCUUCGGGAGCAGCUGGGUAAGAUCCGCCGUGAGCUACUGACCAUUCACCAGGCCCUGGAACGGGCAGCACAGCCACCAGACACACCUCUGGACCUCUCUGUGAAACGAGUGGCCACCAAGGGACCUGAGGCCACAGCAGGGGCCUGGGGUCUGCCUGAGCUGGGCCCCACGCUGGCCGGGGGGCCCUCCGAGAACCCCAGCAUGCUGGGCCCUGCAGCGCCUCAGCCCUUCUCUGGCCACACCACCAAGUGCGAGGCUGACUCCAGUGUCCCACCCCCUGGGCUGCCCCUCCAGGGCCCCGAGGACCCUGUUAUUCCUGGCAGUGGCUGGGGGACCCGCAUCAGGGCUGGGGGCUCCCAGACCCCUAAGGAUGUCCCUGGCCUGCAGAGUCCCCCAAGUGCUGAGGUCUGAACAUAGCCCCCUUAGAGUGCUGACUCUGCUCCCCAAUCCUAGCCCCACUCUCUGGGCCUGUCCAGCCUCAGUGUGCAUGUGGACAGACCCCAAAGUCCAUGGUGAGGCUUGUUUCUGGGGCCACAUGGGAAUAGUUGGGUCAUGGUUAUUUAUUGAUCACAGUUGUGAAUAUUAAAGUGGAAGUCACCU